UUUCUAGGCUAUAAAAAUGGCGAUCCCUGUUGCCAGCAUGUCUGAGGAACAUCUUCACUUUGAAGUUCUUCCUUGGAAUCAGAGAUGCAACAUCAAGUUAUCUCAAUUUGACUUGUUAUUGAGACAAAGUUGGGACGACGCUCUGAAAAAAGGAGUUUUCUUACAUGAAGUGGAAUCUGAGCCAUCUCGUGUGGAAGGAGAUAGAAAAUUUGUCGCUGUUCUAUGUAAAAAUCGGGCAUCUCAAAAGAGGAAGCCGCAAUCAUUUAUGAGCAUUAAACAGCCAAUUAAUUUAACAUCAUUCAAUUUUACAAAAGUGAAAAAAGCGGAAAAACUUUUCACAAUAGACAUUGAAAAUAUUGAAGAUAUAACAAGUUCAGAAACACCAGAAGAAUUGGGAUUUGAGGGAAAUUCCAAUAAGUGUGACAAUUUUACAAAUGGUAAUAUAGACUCUGAAAGACAACAUAGCACAGUUCCCUCAUUUUUUAAGACUAGUAUAAUAAUAAAUAAUUCUCCUUACGAAUUCGGGCAUUCCUUACUUGUACCUGAAGUAUACAAACUUCAUAUACAAUCAAUCACACUUAAUGCAAUUAAAAUGGGAAUUGAAGUAUUGCUAAGAAGUUCCCAUACUGGUUUCAGAGUGAUGUACAACAGUUUAUGUGCUGGAGCAAGUGUCAAUCACCUGCAUUUGCAUUGCUAUUACACAGAAUACUGGCUUAAUAGUGAAGCUUUCAGGAUGAUACCAUUGUUAGAGGAAUUUAGUUCCGAAAAGAAUUGUAAAAAUGUUCUAUCUGAUUGUUUUGAACUGGACUUUAAUGAUUCUUGUGUAAGGGGUUUUGGUUUUUUGAUAACGAAACAAAAUUAUGCGUUUCGCUUACCACUUAUUACGCAUAAAAUUGUUGAGUACUUUAAUGCCAAUGAAAUUCCUCAUAAUAUUGUCAUAAUACGAGGUUUGCCACCUAGUGGCAUUGAUUAUACCGCUCAUUCACAUUGUUUCGAUAGAGUUCCAAACGGGCAAAAUUCGUUAUCAGACAAAAAUGGAGUUUCUCAAUAUUCAAAUAUACCUGAAAUUAAAGACGAUGCGACACCAUAUCAUGGUUUAAAAGAUAUUGAUCCUAAAGUAUCAUCAAUUCCUUUAGUAGGUCGUUUAUAUAUUUAUCCAAGAAAGCCCUUAUAUGGUGAGAAAUGUUAUCGUAAAUUUUUAGUCAAUGUUACAGAACUUAUGGGUCACUUGUAUUUUGGGGAUAUAGAUGUCUUCAAUUCAAUGAAUGAAAAUGAUAUUGUAAAAGCAUUAAAUGAUGUUUCUUUGUCGAGUGGGGAAUUUGAAAAUGUAAAAACUGAUGUUAUAAAAAUUAUUUUGUCUUGCGAUAAAAGUUUUUAAUGAAAAUUGGAUUGUCAUUUUCUAUGUUAUACUCUUUAAAGCUUAAAAUACUUGUCUUAAAUGAUAAAAAUCACUGAUAAAAUAGUUACAGCUACCCCUGUUCAGAGUUACCACUGCCACUCCUGGAUUCAAACAGGGCUGCAAGGUCUGAGUUAGGCGUGUUUUCAUGCAAUAGUCGUUUUCGCAAACAUGUGGGAAUCAUACUCAAAAUUGGAUCGAAUACUAGGUAGUUUGACCCUCAUAAAAUAAUGAGUCACUGUUAUUACCGGUACUUUUGAAAUAUUUUUUUAUUAGAUUAUGUUUAUAAUAGUGUUGACUUUGUUUUGAGGAUAAUAUCUCUUUCUUGACAUGUUUUCGCUGGAGUCAGUGCUGGGUAUUUUCAUACACCUGGGAAACAAAAUUUUGAAUACGCUAAAAUUUUAGAAUUAUUUUUAGAUAAAAUCAAUUUUUAUAUAAAUUGAAAAAAAGUUUUCAUCAUCAAAAUUUGAUUUCCAUCAAUGUUUGGAGUCGAAAAUUACAUCGAGCCAGCGUUAAAUUAUUCCAACCUGGUAGUGAAAUACUUUUGAAACCUGGAUUUCAUUGCGCGUCUUCUCCAACUCCCUGGAUUCAAAUAUAGAUCAUUGGAUACGAUUAAUAUAUUUUCAAUAUGUAGUUUUCUGUACACAUUUUUCUUAACUAAAUUAAUAUAUUAUAUCUUUGCUUAAUAAAUUCCUUGUGCGCAACCAGAGCUUUCAAAUUAAAAGUAAGUUGAAGGGUUUGGUGAAAUUUCUGUUGCAUAUUGUGAUCUUUUGUAAUUACUGUUAUCAUUUAGGUUUUCACAAUUUUGAGCCUAAGUAAUGGGUGGUGACUGACUUUGAUGACCUUUGGUCGUAUCGUCAUCUCCCAGUCUAUACCAAAAUUAAUGCUGUGCAGUUUAUCAUUUUAAAAUUGAUUUGUAUUUUGGUUGAAAAAAAUGAUAAACUCUCUCUCUCUCUCCCAACUGGGGAUGUUUUUGGGAAGGAGAGUUUACUCUGUAUUUCCAUGUAGUAUUCCUAAAUUUUUGCUUAUUUAGUGUUAUGUAUAUUUGUGCACAUGUUAUAAACUAUUCAAAAUAUACAAAAUUUGGUACUCCCGAAGUAUGUGAACCAAGAUGGCGGACUCCGAAACGUAGUGUGUGUACCAGGUUAGGCCAUAAUUUCAGGUAUAAAUACUACGGCAGAACUAAAUAAGAAAAAUUGGAAUAAAAUUAUUGCCUAACCCUAACUUGGUACACAUACUUCGUUCCAGUGUCUGCCAUCUUGGUUCACAUAUUUCCGGAGCGUCCAAAAUUUGCACUUAUCGCAAGUGAAUGUUCUGUUAAAGAUUGGAUAACAAAUGCAAA